AUGAGGAAAAUGGUUUCUUUAUUUCCAGGAUUUAAUUCCUCUGUUGCCUGGGCUAUAUUUUUCCUUCUUUUGUGGACCUUUUCUGAAGGAGGAAAGCUUUUGAUUGUACCUAUCGAUGGCAGUCACUGGCUCAGCAUGCGCCCGGUUGUGGAGCGGCUCAGAGAGAGAGGACAUGAAAUAGUGGUUCUUGCGCCAGAGAUAAAUUUGCGAAUACAUUCAUCAGCCCAUUACACCAUGAAAACAUACUCUGUGUCCUACAGCAAGGAGUAUGUGGAGGCAGAAUUUAAAAAGCUGGGCUAUAAGAUUUUCACACCUCAACCCUUCUUGGAAAAAAUGGCAAAAAUGGCAAAUAUUACAACAAUGUUUUUUGAUUCUUGCAAACGGCUACUAGCUGACCAACAGCUGAUCAAAUACUUUGAAGAAAGUGCAUUUGAUGCUGUCCUUAUGGAUCCUUUCUUUCCAUGUGGCCAGAUAGUGGCUGAACAUCUCGCCGUACCUUCUGUUUACCUCCUAAAGGGACUUCCAUGCAGUCUAGACUUCCAUGCUACCCUCUGUCCAAAUCCUCCUUCUUACAUUCCACGGUUCUUCACACGCUAUACAGAUCACAUGACAUUUUCUCAGCGUGUGCAUAAUCUUAUAGUUAGCUUGAGUAAUUCUCUGGUUUGUCUUUUUCUUUACUCACCAUACGAUCAUUUGAUCAAAGAAUUCCUCCAACAAGAGGCAACAUUGCUCGAACUUUUAAGCCAUGCAUCCAUUUGGCUCAUGAAAUAUGAUUUUGUGUUUGAGUACCCCAGGCCUGUAAUGCCCAACAUGGUUUUAGUUGGAGGCAUAAGCUGCACUCAGGAACAAUCAUUGUCACAGGAAUUUGAAGCCAUCGUGAAUGCUUCUGGAGAACAUGGCAUUGUGGUCUUCUCUCUGGGCUCCAUGGUCUCUGAAAUCCCAAUGAAGAAAGCCAUAGAAAUCGUAGAAGCCUUGGGAUCAGUCUCUCAGACGGUUCUCUGGCGUUAUACAGGAGAGGUGCCCCCCAACCUGCCAAAGAACGUAAAGCUCGUCAAAUGGCUGCCACAGAAUGAUCUUCUAGCUCACCCUAAGGCUCGUGCCUUUAUUACCCAUGGAGGCUCACAUGGUAUUUACGAGGCCAUAUGCAAUGCAGUGCCAAUGGUACUGAUGCCUUUAUUUGGAGACCAGAUGGACAACGCCAAGCGAAUCGAGACACGGGGAGCAGGAUUGACACUGAAUAUACUUGAAAUGACUUCGAAGGACAUAUCCGAUGCCCUGCAUGCAGUUAUUAAUGAUAAAAAGUACAAAGAGAACAUCAAACGUCUCUCAGACCUUCAUCUCGACAGACCCAUCCACCCCCUGGACCUGGCCGUGCACUGGGUGGAGUUUGUGAUGAGACACAAAGGGGCCCCUCACUUGCGACCUGCUGCUCAUGAACUCAACUGGAUACAGUACCAUUCCCUGGAUGUCAUUGCCUUCCUCCUGGCUGUGGUGCUUCUCUCCAUGUUCAUUUCUCUGAAGUGCUGCCUCUUCUGCUACCGGAGGUGCUUCCUUAAGAAGGGAAGGACCAACAAACCAGCCAAAUCCAAGUCCCACUAG